AUGAUUGGUGAGAGCUCGUCUCCAUCGUCCUCAACGAGUACCAUAGAUGCUUCCGAGUCAGAGAACUCGUCAGACUACCUUGCGCUAAUCGCCGAGCUCACCCUCCAGGACAUCGACGACAUCUCCGCUUCACGUAAAGGCAAGGGUAACGCUCUUGCUCCGAAGAGUGAUGACGAGUUCGCAUUCGACCUACUCGCUGAGGAAGCGCGCUCCAUGCUCUUCCUUGCGCGAGAUAUGGCAUUCGCCCAAAGCCUGGACGAUGCUUUGCAAGCGGACUACGAGAUUCUACAAGAGGCUUCACGAGCCGACGAGGUCGCUCGUUGCGAUAGGGAGUACGCAUUGGCUCUACAGGAAGGAAGACCGCCACCGAGCACGCGUAUGGAGUCAGAUGUAGCUGUGCCGGUCGUUGAUUCCAGCCCAAGCACCCCUAUCUCACCGAAUUGGUCAAUAACCAGCACUCCGGCGAUUGCAUCCUCGAGCAAGACACGACUGCGAUCGACAACUAAUGCACCCUCGGCCGGACGCAAGAAGGAAAUGUGUGCCUUCUGUCGAGACACCAUCAAUGGUUUGCAAAUCCAUGUCCCAUGCGGGCACUUCUGGGACGUAGACUGUCUCGUGGAGCUCUUCCGUGCCGCCACGACGGACGAGACACUCUUCCCUCCGCGGUGCUGUCAACAGCCGAUUUCCCUUGAUGCAGUCCAACAACAUCUCGGCGUCGCGCUGCUUGCCACAUUCAACAUGGUCUCUAUCGAAUACAGCACCACGGACCGGGUUUAUUGUCACCGUCCAACGUGUUCGGCGUUCAUAUGCCCUGCUACCGAAAGCCCAUCGAAUCUAGCUUGCCCCAAGUGUUUCGAAUCCACUUGUGGGCGUUGCAAGGAGCAGGCGCAUCCCGGAACUCCCUGCACUACGGACGACGCGCCCAUCCUUGCUAUGGCAGAACAAGAAGGAUGGGCGCGUUGUCCCGGAUGCAGGCAUCUCGUGGAGCUUACCAUCGGCUGUUACCAUAUAUCUUGUCGGUGCGGAAAGCAGUUCUGCUACAUCUGUACGGAGAUUUGGAAGACCUGUGGCUGCCCACAAUGGGACGAGCCGAGGUUGCUUGACCACGCACGGGACCGCGUUCGAAGAGAACUUCAAGCUGGUCAUCCUGGUGCUCUUCCUCCGGCACCCCAGUACGAGGAGAUGGUCCACCAGGCAGCAGAGAGGUUGCGCGUCGAUCAUCAUUGUCAACAUUCACGGUGGAGGUACCGUUCGGGCGGUGGGCACUGCGAAAAUUGCUCCCACUACCUGCCCGUAUUUCUUCUCAGCUGCAGACAUUGCCAUAUGAAUGUAUGCGUCCGAUGCAGGCGAAACAGGCUAUAG